AUGAUUAACCAUGAUUUACAAUAUACACGUAUGAUUAAAUCUUAUCAAACAGCAUCUAAACACCAUUUAGUGGUUGGGGGUGGUGUGACCAUAAACAAAUUAAAACUCAUAAUCAUUGAAAUGAGCCCUAUCGCUUGGUCAAAUAACCACUAUAGGACACUAUAG